GUUAUUUAUUAGAUUAUUCAAUAAAAAAAAUUGCAUAUCCUAGUUGCUUCUCCUUCAUCUGUGCAAUGAAUGAGGGGAUUUCUUAUGUAUUUUUAGCUGUAAAUGACAAUCAGUCAGAUCUGUGUUUUGCCAUUGUGAGUGAUGGGCUUCUAGGAAACUGUGUACAUUAUUUAUAUGAUUAGUCUGCAAGUAUUCACAUAUGUGCUUUUGGUUUGUGAACUGUUGACUCUUUCAAUUCUUUAUUUUCAUCCAUAUUAAUCUGUAAGCACUUUGUUUGGUUCAGAAUACAGAUUGUGACUCUCACAAUAUUUAAACCAAGGAAACUGCAAUAUUGUUAGCUAGCAGAUAAUGCUUGACAACUUGAUGCUCCUAUUCUGUUAGGAUCUCUUACAAAGUACAUCCCUGUGUAUCUUGGAAUAGAGUAGAGAUCCUAUAUUGGUUGAUUGUUGAAGAUGUAUCUGGUAGAGAGCAAAGGAGGUGCCAUAUUUUGCAUGCUGCUUGCACUAUUCUUUUUGGGUACCUGGCCUGCUCUUUUGACCUUCCUGGAAAGACGAGGCCGUCUUCCUCAGCAUACGUAUCUUGAUUAUACGAUUACCAAUCUUUUGGCUGCUGUCAUCAUUGCUUUCACUUUUGGGGAGAUAGGCGAAAGUACAGCUGAGAAGCCUAAUUUUCUAAUUCAACUUUCUCAGGUUAACUGGCCAAGUGUUUUGUUUGCAAUGGCUGGUGGAGUUGUUCUUAGUCUUGGAAACCUCUCAACACAAUAUGCUUGGGCAUUUGUUGGAUUGUCAGUGACUGAAGUGAUCACUGCAAGCAUAACUGUAGUAAUAGGAACAACUUUGAACUACUUCUUGGAUGACAGAAUAAAUAAAGCCGAAAUACUUUUUCCUGGGGUCGGAUGCUUCUUGAUUGCUGUUUGUCUAGCCUCAGGUCUUCAUGCAUCUAAUGCAAAAGAUAAUAAAGCAAAACUUAGUGCUUUGGAAUUUUGUAAGAUAGAUGAAUCUAGGGAUUCAAAAGUUCCUCUUUCUAAAGAAACAAAGUCAAUAGCAGUUGGAAAAGAUCUGGAAAAUGCAGUCGAAAAGACAGAGAAGGCAAAAGUUGGAACUGCAGACUUUCUUCUAGAAAUUGAAAACAGGAGGUCCAUUAAGGUAUUUGGAAAGAGCACAUUCGUCGGUUUGGGCAUAACCUUUUUUGCCGGACUUUGCUUUUCUCUCUUUUCUCCAGCAUUCAACUUGGCAACAAAUGAUCAAUGGGACACUUUAAAAGAAGGUGUCCCUCACUUGAGCGUGUACACAGCAUUCUUCUGGUUUUCAGUCUCUUGUUUUGUGAUCGCCGUCAUUCUGAAUGUCAGUUUCCUGUAUCACCCUGUUCUUAACUUGCCGCGAUCAUCAUUCAAGGAUUACUUGUCCGAUUGGAAUGGAAGACAAUGGGCAUUACUUGCUGGACUUCUCUGCGGCUUUGGAAAUGGUCUCCAGUUCAUGGGAGGUCAAGCUGCUGGAUAUGCAGCCGCAGAUGCAGUCCAGGCACUUCCACUUGUGAGCACAUUUUGGGGGGUUCUUCUGUUUGGAGAGUACCGAAGAUCAUCAAGGAGAACUUAUAUUUUGCUGAAUAGCAUGUUGUUUAUGUUCAUUGUUGCUGUUGGAGUUUUGAUGGCGUCAUCAGGACAUCGGAAAUAACAGCAGGAUACUGAUACUUUUGUCAAGAACAAACAAGUUAUAAGGCAGAUUGCUGAUUUGCUGGUGUAAAUGCAAACACAUUACAAGUUAGAUUAAGCUUCAUAAGAAUGAAAUUGUAACAUAUAUCAGUUGUUAUAUUGGUUAGUUAUUACUGUCACUUGGAUUGCAAAGCAAAACUAAGAAAACAUUCAGGAAUCAUGUAAAAAUACUUCACCAAUGGCCUUUAGUUGAUAGCCAGUAGUAGCAUUUUAUUCAUGUUUUAGACU